AUGCGAUGCUCUCGAUAUUGGACUGUGUUCGUACUCUGCACCGUGACUCUUUUGAUUGAUUUGGCAUUUGCGAAGACACAAUCUCUUCCAUCAUGCGCUCUGGACUGCUUUGCCAAUCUGGUCCCUCAGUCAACUUGUGCCUCUGAUAAUCAGACAUGCAUCUGUACAAAUGUUGAUCUCAAUCAAGAAUUGAACCUUUGCGUCUCGGCAAAUUGUACUAUUAGGGAGGGCCUUACCACUAUCAAUUCCACCGAUACAACAUGUGGAGCUCCAAUACGAGACAAGACUUCCUUAAGCGUCAUAGUUCCAGCAGUUGGCAUCGGCGUCAUUGUGGUCCUCAUCAUUCUGAGGAUGUACACAACCCUUUUUCUCAAAAGUUUGAAUAUCGACUUGGAUGACUGGGCAACCAUCUUCCUCGGAUGUUGUGCCGUGCCAGUCAACGUCGGCUCGAUCUUGCUUGGAAAUGCAGGCUUGGGUAAAGAUAUGUGGACUCUCGAGUUCGACAAGAUUAUUCGAGUUUUCUAUCUGUUCUAUAUCCAGGAACUUCUAUACAUAAUCUGCGUCGCCCUCGUCAAGGUCUGCUUUCUCCUAUUCUACCUGCGCAUCUUUCCUUCCGACAGAAUGCGUCUUGUCAUCAAAAUCUCCUGCCUCGUGACAGUUUGCUACGGUCUCACGUUCCUCUUCGCCUUUGCGUUCCAAUGCUCGCCUGUGAGUUACAACUGGAACGGCUGGGAUGGGGAGCACAAGGGAGCUUGCGUACAGACAAAUACCCUGGUUGUCACUGCUGCCGCGUUGAACAUUGUCUUGGAUAUCUGGGUGAUUGCCCUGCCCAUUCCUAGAGUGAUGAAAAUCCAAGCAUCCAUCAAUACCAAGCUGCAGGUGUUAUUCAUGUUUUCGAUUGGUUUCUUGAUUACCGGCGUUGGCAUCUAUCGCGCUAUAAUGCUCAAGCUGUUUGCUAAAAGCACAAAUCCAUCAUGGGACAAUGCUCCUGGUGGAUAUUGGUCUGUGAUCGAGAUCGAUGUUGGGAUCAUCUGUCUAUGCAUGCCGGCCAUGCGAUCCUUGCUAAGUCGCUUGUUCCCGGCGGUGUUUGGAUCUACAAAAGGGACCAGCAGGGGUCAUACUAGCAGCCAGCGGAAAAUCAGAACCGCGGAUAGCGGACCAAACAUAAGCUUUGUUCACUUGAUCGAGAUGGACAACACGGAGCAUGCGGACCAUAUGGAUCAAGCGGAUCAUACGGACCAUUUGGAAACCCACCGGGAUAUCUAA